AUGCACCUGCCAUGGAGGAAGGUGAAGACAGCGAGGAUUUCACAGUUCGUGAACGAUCAUCUCAGCAAAUCCCAGAAGCGGCGAGACGUGUCGUCGCUCGUCGUCGAGACCGGGUUCCCGACCUCCCUCGUCGAUCUCUUCAUAAAAAAUCGCGAGAAAUUGAAAAAACCGUCCAAGAGGAAGAAGCCGCCGCGCGAUCCUCCGAUCGCCGGAUCAGACGCCUCUUCACGUUCUGUCUCGCCGGAGAUUCCGCCGGAAAUUGGGUUUCCUCCCCCGCGAGUUCCCCCAAAUUCGCCCCAGCCCCUGCCUCGUCCUCGUGAGGUUGCAAUCGAGAAUCUCAUGACGAGAUCGAACAGCAAUGUUUUCAAUGGUAGGGAACGUGUUGCUGAGUACAGUCUUGAUGUGAAUAAAGUUUUAUUGUUGGUUGUGAAAAUGUUCUUUGUAGUGAUUUUAGCUUUGGGGACAAAGAGAUUGGCUAUUGGGAUAACAAUAUCAGCCUUCCUGUUGUUUUUCCUUGAAUAUGCGUGUAAGCACGAGCAGGCGAAAGGGGUUUUGAGGUGGUUGAGAUUAAUAGAGGUUAUUAAUCUGGAGCAAGAUAAUUCGUUAAAUCCGCCAGCUGGAUCGAAGCAUGAAGAUCGUGAAGGGAUUAAAGUUGUGGAGUCGAAUCGGUAUUUGGUUAAGCAUGUAUUGGAUGAAAUUCAGCCCGAGGAUGAUGAUGAGAUAAUAGAAGAAGAAGGGUCUUCUCACGAGGCGAGUUUUGGGCAUCAUGAAAUCGAAUUCGAGGAGGCUUUAUCGAUGGAGAAAGAUGAGUCGAAGAGGAAAUUAAGGAAGUUUAAGUUAAAAAUGAAGAUGGAUAGAUUCGUCCCGAAGAAAAUAAAAGGCUGCGGAAGAAAAGAAUAUGGACAACAACAAAGUGUUGUUGAGAUUGUUAGAGAAGAUACUAACUUUUUCUCGCGUGAGGUUAAUACAAUAGUUGAUCGUGCUUCGUGCAAACUAAUAUCAAAGAGGGGAGAAAAAGGAGAAGAAAUCGAAAGUGGAGGACUAAAUUGGAAACCUUGUGUGCUAUGUGUAAUUGUUCUUGCCGGCCUAAUUGGGAAUCGAGUGUUAGCGGUUUUACUCGUGCUAUUAUGGUUUUCGGUGUUGAAGUUGGGUGAAAAUUUGCAGAGGUGCAUGAAGGAGGUGCGCUUGUAG